UUGUAGAUUUUUCUUUAUAAUUUUGCCAUUCUUAUCGAUUUCACCGAGCGUACAAAUGAAAAUAAACUAUCAAAAAGUGAUGAAUUCUCCAGCAUUAUUAGGGUUUGGUUUGGUGAUAUAUGUCAUAUUUCUGUUCCACAACCUUCCUUGUACUCUAAGCAACCCAGCUCUCUUGUCAUGUGACUCUGUGUUCGACUGUGGAAACAUCACAGCAAGCUUCCCUUUCUGGGGCGAGAAUCGUGGCGAACCUUGUGGUCAUCCAUCUCUGAAGCUUAGCUGCGACCGAGUUUCAAACGAAACCUAUUUAAAUAUCUCCCAAAUCUUGUUCAACGUCCUUCACUUAGACCCCACAUUCAACACUCUUAAACUUGUCAGAGAAGACUAUUCUCGUUCCUUAUGCUCUGUUCGAUCAUUCACACAAACGGAGUUUUCCCCUAAACUCUUUGAGCAAUCACCAGAUUACAAGAACCUCAUCGUUUUCUCCAACUGCAACCCUCACUUUCUUUACCUCCAGAAUUUUACGUGUUCAGGGGGAGGGAUAGGUUCCGUGUAUCAAAAUGAAACAUACUACGGCACUUGUCGAACGAUUUUUAAUGUUACCGUUCCUGUUAAUUUUGUACCUGACAAAGAAGCUUGGAAUUUGGAAAGUGUCUUGAGAGAAGGAUUCGAAGUGAAGCUGAAGAUCAAUGAGAGAUCAUGUAAAAAAUGUUUAAAAUCCGGUGGAUUUUGCAGUUUCGAUAAGUCUGCAACUCAGUUUUGCUGCAAGGAGGACUUUUCUUUUUAUCCAAAUAGAAUAAAAGAGUUUUCCGGUGCGUUACUUGGAAUCAAAUGCACUGAAACCAGUUCUUCUGAUCAUGUUGAAGUCCCAUCUUUGGCCGGAACCGGAACUGCUUCAGGUAGCUUUGGGUUUGUCUUGACGGGUUCUCGAGCGAUAGUACUUGUUAUAUGUAUGGGAUGUUUGAUUUUGUCAAUGCUCAUAUACUUUCUGAACAAGAUAGAAGCAUUACAAUAUCCAAGAAUUGAGAGUUUUGAGGAACUCGUACCACUGAAGAGGUAUAGCUAUGGAGAAGUGAAGGAAAUCACAAACUCGUUUUCCCAAGAAAUUGGGAGAGGAGGAUUUGGAAUUGUCUAUGGAGGAAACCUCUCUGACGGCCUCAAGGUUGCAGUGAAGGUCUUGAAAGAUUCCAAGAAAAAUGGUGAAGAUUUCAUUAACGAAGUGGCGAGUAUGAGUAGAACAUCUUAUGUUCAUAUUGUUUCUCUGCUUGGUUUUUGCUACGAAGGAUCCAAAAGAGCGAUUAUAUAUGAAUAUGUGGAGAAUGGGUCACUCGAUAAGUUCAUAUCGAGCGAGGCCUCAUUGCGGAUUGAUUUGAGAAAACUUUAUGAGAUAGCACUUGGUGUUGCACGAGGCCUUCAGUAUUUACACUAUGCUUGCAAGACAAGGAUCGUCCAUUUCGACAUAAAACCACAGAACAUACUGUUGGGAAAAGAUUUUUGUCCAAAGAUUUCUGAUUUUGGACUUGCCAAGCUUUGUGGGAGUAAAGAAAGUGUCUUAUGGAUGUCAGAGACGAGAGGGACAAUCGGGUACAUCGCACCAGAAGUGUUUUCAAGAAUGUAUGGUAAAGUCUCUCACAAAUCAGAUGUGUAUAGUUACGGAAUGUUGGUUCUUGAGAUGAUAGGAGCAAGAAAGAGGAACUCUGUAUCCAACAACAACAGCAGUUCAAGGUAUUUCCCAGAUUGGAUCUACAAGGGUCUUGAACAGGGCGAUAGUAAAAGGCUUCUCGGGGAUCAAAUAACAGAAGACGAAGAUGAAGAUUUUUCGAAGAAGAUGGUUCUUGUGGGAUUGUCAUGUAUUCAAGCAUGUCCAUCAGAUCGUCCAUCGAUGAACAGAGUUGUUGAGAUGAUGGAGGGAAGCUUAAGUGCUCUUGAAGCUCCUCCUAAGUAUCUUUUGCAUAUAUCUGCAUCCCCUAUGCCUCCAUCUUCUUGCCCUGAAGAAGAGAACUCAAUCUCCUCUGAAGAAAGUAUUUCAAAAAAAAAAAAAAAAAAAACAGAGGAGCACACCAUGACCAAUCUUUCUCUGCCUCUUACAAAACAUUGGUCCUAUACAAUCAUAUGGAUGCUCUAUGUGAUCCCCUCUUGUGUUUUGUCAGUUGAUUACAAUCGCUGCGGUCAUGCGUUUAGCUGUGGUUAUCAUAUGGAUCUCUAUUAUCCCUUUUGGACACCUGAGAGAAAAGAGUGCGGUCACCCGGAUUUCAAGGUCAACUGCACCGGAGAUUUCGCAGAGUUUAGUAUAUCCACCGUUAAGUUCCGAAUCCUUGAGAUGAACUUCGAGUCUCAUAUCAUACGACUAGCCAUAACGAAUUAUCUCAACUAUCUUUGUAAUCCGAAUCCUGAGAAUGCAACAAUCAACCAAGAUGUUCUUCCGUUUUCUAACGACACCAAGCUGUCAACUUUUUACUACGACACCAAGCUGUCAACUUUUUACUACGACUGCCCUUAUCCAAAGGUAGAGGUUCAACCCAAUGAUGACAUUAGACAGCUUAACUGUAAGGUACAAAUUGGUAGUCGAAGUUACUUUGUCUCGUCACAUUCUGGGGAUAGUGCUAUUUUAGGUCGGUUAAAUGCAUCUUGUGAAAGAAACUUCGGUAUUCCAGUAUCUCAAUCUGCCUUGAAGACAGCAGAGAAAACUCAGAGUCUGGAGGAUGUUUUUAAUGAGGGAUUUGAACUUAGCUUUAACAGUGAGUGUUCCCGAUGUGUAACAUCAGGAGGCGCUUGUGGCUGGAGCUCGACAAAAUUCGUCUGCUAUUGUAAAGAUAAGCCUCGCGAGCAUACAUGCUAUCCCAGAAAGAAGAGUCUUUCCAAAAAAGCGAAAAUAGGCAUCGGAUUUGCUUGUGGAUUUAUGGGGGCCACUCUUAUCUCAGGAUGUUUGCUCUGUUUCAUGAUCCGAAAGAGAAGAACUUCCUAUCAUCCAAGACACCAAAACCUUAAGGGGCUAGUAGAAAUGAAACAGUACAGUUAUGCAGAAGUGAAGAAAAUUACAAAAUCAUUUUCACACACGGUUGGGAAAGGAGGAUUCGGAACUGUCUAUGGAGGGUACCUCUUCGAUGGUCGUAAGGUAGCGGUGAAAAUCUUGAAGGACGACUUUAAGAGCAAUGGUGAAGACUUCAUCAAUGAAAUCACAAGCAUGAGCCAAACAUCUCAUGUUAACAUUGUUUCCUUGCUUGGUUUUUGCUAUGAUGGGUCCAAAAGAGCAAUUAUGUAUGAGUUUCUAGAGAAUGGGUCACUGGAUCAGUUCAUCUCUAAAAAGUGUUCAUUAAAUCUAGAUGUGAAUACACUAUACAGAGUUGCGCUAGGUGUUGCCCGGGGACUUGAUUACUUGCACCAUGGCUGCAGAAAAAGGAUAGUGCAUUUUGACAUCAAACCUCAAAAUGUGCUGUUAGAUGAAAAUCUAUGCCCUAAAGUCUCAGACUUUGGCCUCGCUAAGCUCUGCGAAAAAAGAGAAAGCAUAUUGUCCUUGAUAGACGCAAGAGGAACAAUAGGUUACAUUGCACCUGAGGUUUUUUCAGGAAUGUAUGGAAGAGUCUCUCACAAGUCCGAUGUUUACAGCUAUGGAAUGUUAGUCCUCGAGAUGAUCGGAGCAAAGAACAAAGAAACAGAGGAAACUGCUGCUUCUAACUCUAGUUCAGACUAUUUUCCAGAUUGGAUCUAUAAAAAUCUUGAAAAUGGAGAGCAUACAUGGAAAUUUGGUGAUGAGAUAACUAGAGAGGAGAAAGAGAUUGCAAAGAAGAUGACAUUGGUGGGUCUCUGGUGUAUACAACCAUGUCCAUUAAAUCGUCCACCGAUGAACAGAGUUGUUGAGAUGAUGGAAGGAAGUUUAGAUUCUCUUGAAGUCCCUCCUAAGCCUUCUUUACAAUUUUCUGCAGCGCCUCUUCCAGAAUCGUCUUCGCUUUCAGAAGAGAAGUCGGACUACUCUGAGGUAUCUAUAUGAACCACAAAUUGAAAAUCUAUUUCCGAGACUCCAAGAUAGACUUGGUGUAAGUGUGUAACCAUGCAAGAGAAAUUGAUUUAAGAAAAUAUUUGCUUUGUUUAAAAUCUAAAAUGUUUCCAAGUAUAUCUUUCUUGUAUGUGAUGCAUAUAAGCGUUUCAAAACUUUCCCUUAGACUACUUGAAUAAUCAGGACUUAAUAGAAUAGAACCAAAUAUUGCCGUGUAAA